AUGGAUGCCUUCACAUCUUUCGUUUCCACCAUCAAGUUUGAAACUGCCAUUGCUUCUAUGUACCUCAGCAAUGCAGCAGUGGACCAGAUUUUCCCGCUGAGUGCAGCGCGCCAUUUUGACGAUGAGACCUUCCAGGGAGGACGGGAUAUCAUCACUGAAGGUGUUUCUGCAGUGAAGGCCCAUGCUAAGUUAGAAAACUAUUUCAGAGGGAGGUUGUCUCUAGGGCAAAUCUGUCACACUCUACAGGACUUCUACAGCCACAGUAACUGGGUAGAGCUGGGAAAUAAAGCUCCAUACAGUGCUCUGAUCAGACCUGACCAACCUCUUGAGAACUUGGCAGGACGAAAUACUCCAACAUGCAGAAAUUGUGUAGGAGAGAACUGUACCAACAACAUUCUGCCUGACGUGCAGAACCAGGGACUUCUGACUUCAGGCUACUUCAGCAUUAUAUUCUCAUCAAAACCCACAGGUAAAUGCAGUCACGGUGGAUUCUUUGACCGCACAAGCAGGAAAGAUCCAGUGGGAGAGAUCAAUAAGGAUACACUUGAUUCCAGUCAUGGCUUCCGUCACAAUGAAGCAGCUAAUCUGGCUAUUCGUGCCACUAUGGAGCUUCUGGAGGAUGUCAGAUUAGCUGCUGGAGACACAAACUUCAUGAGACUGAUGGGCCUCUCCCAGUCUCCUGUGUUGUGUUUUGUCAUAGACACAACAGGAAGUAUGAGUGAUGACAUUGAUGAAGCAAAGAGGGUUUCUUUUGAGAUCAUUGACAGAAAAAGGGGAACAGGACAGGAACCCUCUGGUUAUAUAUUGGUACCUUUCAAUGACCCAGAUUUUGGACCGAUAGUUAUGACAUCUAAUGCAGACGUCUUCAAAGGACAGAUGAACAGUUUGACUGCGGAAGGAGGAGGAGAUACCCCAGAAAUGGCCUUGUCUGGACUGCAGGUGACAACACAAUGGACUGUUUUCUACUUAUUUGAUUUGGGAGAAAAAAAUGGUAAAGUAUAGAGACAGUAUUAUCAAAAUGACCUUUUAUUAUUAAACACGUGCUGUUGAGGUGGCCAGAAAUGCCACUUUUCACUCA